AGCACUUCUACUACAAACAUUCGUGGUUAGUGUUGUCACAUGACUAGUGUACGACAUAACAGAAAGGUCAACACAUGCUACGCCUCAGGCCGGCUCAACAUGAAGGCUAAGAUUGUACUACUUUGGAGUUUGGCAGUCUGUGUGUGUACUAUUUCCACAUCAGUGGAAGGUGAGUUCAUACUGACAGUCAACUUGGUCAACUACACCAACCCAACCGGACUGUGUGCUGAAUGUGAGAGACCGCUGAAUACAGGCUAUCCUACAAACACAAUACCAGUGUGUUGUGAUGAACAACCAUUCAAAUCUGGCAACUGUGACAACACAGGAGAGGGGAGAUGUGACACAAGGUUCCGUUGGACCAUCAGACGAUUCGGUGCAUCACUAGAGACAAAACCCAGCAUGGGAUACUUCUUCACAGACUGUACAAUGUCCCCCAGCACUUGCCCAUUCAGUGAAAUGAGCACAACAUUCGGUCAAGGUUCAACAGCACUACUAGGAGUAACACCCAAUCCUCUACCUGUUUCAAGCUUAUUCUGGACAGGACGAAUACAGUUCUUCAUAGAAGCCAUGGACAGUAGACUCCCGAACAUAAUAGACAGUCUGUUGAUUGACCUGGACAACCUCCAACUUGGAGCAGACUUCACAGAGGAGAUGACAUUCACUGGAUUCCACAACAUAUCUAACAUGACCAUGAGAUUCAGAGUCGAGUGCUCUCCUGGUUUCUGUGGACCUGACUGUAACACAACACCUCAGACCAAUCCACGAGUGGCGACAUGUCAAGCUGAUGGCACUCUAACAUGUACUGAUAAUCGAUUUGAGCUUUCACCUCUUGUAGCCUGCAACGACUGCCUCUAUAAUCUGGAUAUUACUACUGGCUGCUCCACUUGUGUACAGACCAACUAUGACCCAGCCACCAAUUGUACAGCCUGUCUUCCUGGAUACGAUAUUGACCAAAGCUGCUCAACAUGUAUCAAUACAAACUAUGAUCCUGAUACAAAUUGCUCUACAUGCAUUAUAGGUACAAGAUAUGAUCCAUUGACCAACUGUGCAUCAUGUUUGGACACAAACUUCAAUCCUCUCAAUGGUUGUACAUCAUGCUUGUUGGAACGCUACGACCUACAGACAAACUGCAUCCAGUGCCUACCAGGCAGGGACAUCACCUUAGACUGUACUAGUUGCCUACCCAACAGAGAUCCCUCUACCAACUGCAUCCAGUGCCUACCAGGCUGGGACAUCACCUCAGACUGUACUAGUUGCCUAACCAACAGAGACCCAGUCACCAACUGCUCCCUCUGCCUACAACCAGACAGGUUCACUGAUACAGACUGCAGUGUGUGUGCUCUACCAGGAGGGGACCCAGCAACACUCUGUCAAACAUGCUUGGCCACUAACUUUGACCCUAACACAAAUUGCUCUCAGUGCAUAGGUAAUCGUGAUCAUGGCUCCAGCUGCUCCACUUGUCUGCCUGGAUAUGAUAGUAACCGUGACUGUGCAGUGUGUCUAUCUGGACGAAACAUAUCCACAAAAUGUACCACCUGUCUGUCUGGAUUCACUGGCAGUAACUGUGAACCUGUACUAAUUACAGACUCUUCACUAAGUGUGGGACUGGUGGGUGGUAUCGCUGGAGGAGUGGGUGGAGUUUUGCUGCUCAUCAUUCUAGUAAUGGCUGUGCUCCUCAUCCUACUUACAGUCCGUAUCAGAAAGAGUGGUAACAAAGACAUCAGUACUGCCACUACUACAGGUAAAGUAGUUACAGAAGUCAUGGAAAUGAAUCAAAAUCCUGUGUAUAGUAUGAGUACAACUGAAACACCAACUAUGGACCAUGAAGCUAACCACACCCACCAGUACGAGACUGUGGACACACCCAUUGAAAUGAAUCAGAACCCUGUGUACAGUGCAACUAAUGCUACUAAUAUUGAAGCCGACUACUAUGAGAACGAUGGUCUGGGCCCAACAAGAAAUGAGCAGCAACUGGAAUACGAUUAUAUUCAAGUGUGAAAACUGUACUACAACAAAUAGCUUAGUGAAUAACAUUUGACUGUGCCUAUGCAUGUACGUUGAAGUAACCUUUGGUUUAGAACACAUUUUCUAGUACAGUAGAACCUCGCUAAUCCGAAUAGAGCGGGACCAGACCCCAUCCGAAUACAUGAAAUUUCCGGAUUAACAGAUGUCAUUAAUUGAUUAUGAAUAUUAUUAACGAAGACACUUUUGUACAUGUAUUAUGAUAUUACUGUGGCCAGAAGGGAAGCUGCUAGCUAGAAUAGUCUUUAUCUCAACUUUCUCUCCAAUACAGUGAGUCUUGUGAGCUCUCUCUUCGUUUUCUUUGCAGUGGCCAUUGUCUUGAGCAGUUUAUCAUUGCUGAUUCAGCUAAGCAAUUUACAUUGCGCAUGCGCAGUACUCUAUUCUACUGACAGCCCCUCCUCUUUUUCAGUUCACCAUUUUGUCCGGAUUUGUGAGG